AUUUUGGCAAUUUCUAAGAAGAAUGAGAAACCCAGCCUUCAUUCGACUGAUUACAACCCUAGAAGAGAGUGAGCGAGAGAGAACGUCUCUAUAUAGGGUUUACAUUUUGAUUCGACGAUUCCUCUCGAAAUCCUGUACUUGCGAACAAGAACGUUUGAUUUCAGUUACAAUGGUUAGAUCUUUGACGAUUCUCUGAAUUGUCUUGUAUCAGAUGGAACCAAUGGAUGCAUCAAUUUCAGAUACUAGGAACAUGGAAACGGGAAAGAACCAAGGUAAUGCUGCACAGGUGGAGAGUUUCAAGUCUCGCGUUGAUGAUAUGUUCACAAAGGUUGACAAGCUUGAGCAAAAAGUGAAUGAGGUUGAGCAAUUCUACUUGACUGCAAGUAAGAAGCAAUUGAAUGUUUCUAAAGGUAGUUCAAUUGUGAAGGAUAAGGAUAAGGAGAGACAUGUUGCUAGUGUAAAAAAGCAGCAGCAAGAUGCAUCACGCAGGGAAGCAGCUGCUGCAAAGAGAAUGCAAGAGCUUAUGCGUCAGUUUGGCACAAUAUUACGUCAGAUCACGCAGCACAAGUGGGCCUGGCCCUUUAUGCAGCCUGUAGAUGUUGAAGGCCUUGGUUUGCAUGACUAUUAUGAGGUUAUUGAGAAGCCCAUGGACUUCAGUACAAUAAAAAAUAAAAUGGAAGCAAAGGAUGGUGCCGGAUAUAAGAAUGUCAGGGAGAUAUGUGCUGAUGUGAGGUUGGUUUUCAAGAAUGCAAUGAAGUAUAAUGAUGAAAGAAGAGAUGUUCACGUUAUGGCCAAAACUUUGUUGGGGAAAUUUGAGGAGAAGUGGCUCCAGCUUCUGCCAAAAGUUGCAGAAGAGGACAAAAGACAAGAAGAGGAAGAAGCAGAGGCACAAUUAGAUAUGCAUCUUGCCCAGGAGGCUGCUCAUGCCAAAAUGGCUAGAGAUAUAAGUAAUGAGCUUUACGAGAUUGAUAUGCAUUUGGAUGAAGUCAGAGAAAUGAUUGUUCAGAAGUGCAGAAAAACAUCAACUGAAGAGAAAAGAAAACUUGGAGUUGCCCUCACUAGAUUGUCCGCAGAAGAUCUCAGUAAGGCUCUGGAGAUUGUUGCUCAGUGCAACCCAAGCUUCCAAGCCACAGCUGAGGAGGUGCACCUUGACAUUGAUGCACAGAGCGAGUCCACCUUAUGGAGGUUGAAGUUUUUUGUGAAGGAUGCGUUGGAAAUCCAGGGAAAGAGUUCAGCAAGCAUGGGGGGAAACAACACGGCCACCACCACCAAUAACAACCACCCCACCACCACCAACAACAACAAACGGAAAAAAGAGAUAUGUGAUGCUAUUGCCAAGACUGCAAAGAAGAAGAAUAAAAAGCUCCCUCUUGAUUAAUCUGGCAAGCCAUGUGGGAAAUGCCCAGAAUGCCUACUGAUUUUGUUAUUGAUUCGAGUAUAUUAUUUGGCCAAUGCAUGUAAACUAGGUUUGUUUUCACGUGUCGUAUGUUUUCCAAAUUUGACCAAGACCAGGUUUUGAAAUCAUUUCUGUAUAAAUUUGACCAUUCGUGGUGGUGCCCUUGACACCAUAAUUGUAAAGAUGGAUGAUCUUGAUUAACAAAUUUCGUUGCUUCUAUUGUCUUCCCAUUA